GGCGAAAACAAACAUGCAGAUGUUUGGCGGGUGAUUUUACUGCUCAGUUCUACAACAAUAAAAACUGAAUUUCCAUGAAAACCAACUGCGUGUAAUAUUUACGGAUUAUCUAAUAAAUGCUUUGCACAAUGAAACGAAGUUAUAAAUAAAGAGGGAUUUCAUCGCAUUUUUGUCUAUAAUGGCAGGAAGGGGCAGAGGGCAGCUCACUUUCUCUGUGGAGAUUGUUGGAAUCGGUAAAGGAGAAAAUCUCCCUCCAUCCUCCGUCCAGCCGACCCCUGUAUUCCCUCCUUUGGAUCAGAAGCCGGUGCCCCUGCAGGCAGGUGAGGAGGCCGAGUACAUGCUGGCACUCAAACAGGAGUUCAGAGGAGCCAUGAAGACGCUCCCGUUUUACAUCCGUCCUGCUGCACCCAAGAAAGAUGUGGAGCGUUACUCUGACAAAUACCAGAAAAUUGAAACCUCUGACAACAGUUUGGAAUGGAAGCCAGAUUGGAGGCGUUUUCCGAAGGAGCUGCGCGUGCGAGAGAAGAGACCCCUGAGAGACAAAAGCCCAGCUGUUCCCAAACAACCCAAACAGCCACGAGUGGACAAAGAGGAGAUCAUACGCAAACUGGAGACUCUGGAGCAGAAAGAGGAAGACGGGAGUUCUGAUGAAGAGGAGGGAGAGAAAAAGAAGCCAGAAGAGGAAGAGGCUGAGGGAGAGGAACAGUAUGAUGAGGAGGAAUUUGAGGAUGAAACCGAUUACAUCAUGUCCUACUUUGACAAUGGGGAGGAGUUUGGAGGAGACAGUGAUGAGAAUAUAGAUGAAGCUAUUUACUGAAGCAGGUGACGGCGGCUCCAUAGUACCUUCCUCUGACCAGUGAGUGUCUCUGG